CACAUGUUUCUGCCUCCUGCGCUGCCAAGCUCCAAACACAAGUCGAGUCUUGUCUCGGAUUCAUCUGGUUCAUGGAAACGACGUCAUUGUCCGGAACGCAGUGUCCCGUAGACAGCGAUACGACGACAUACCAUGGCUUUGAGUGCGACAACCAGGAACCUUUCUCCGCUGCUCCGGAAGAUGGAGCUCGGAUUAAUCCGAACCUGGAGGACUUAUCCUUCAGGAAAGUACAAUUUGCCGAAGAUGAACACAGUAAUCUGGAGCAGGAGGAUGUGUCAACUACAACGGAUGUCGCCAAGGAACUUCAUGGUGGCCCUUCAUCAUUUGCAGUUCGAUGUCAAAACAAGGCUUCGAAGUCCCUUGACAGUGAGCUGGCUCCCGGUUCCCCACUAUCGCGUCCCGCAGAGCCGACGAUGGAGGCUCUGGCACGCAUGUCCACUGACGGUGGCGCUCUGGAGUCCGACGUACAUCGGAUGCAUCCGAAGCAGACGGAUGCAGAGGUCGGACUGGUGGGCGUCGAGCGCUGCGAAGGUAUUGAAGCGGAGACGCCCAAGGCGACACAAUCCGCCUGGGCUCGGAUGAAUCCCAUCGCGGGAGUGGUGAGCAAGUCCAUCGACGACGGGGCUUUGGUGUCCGACAUAAUCCGGAUUGAUCCGAAGCACACAGACGCUGGGGUCGAAACCGUCGCCGCCGAGGAAUGUCGGGAGGUCGGAGAGGACAGGUCAUCGCCAAAAGGUUCGGAGUGGACUACUGUAAAUCCUGACCUGGUCGACGCUGGCAUGUCCACCGAUGAGAUCGUCGUGAUUCGAAUGCAUCCGACAAAGACAAUCGGCGGGGCUACGCAUGUCGGCGUCGAGGAUUGCAGACAUGUCACCACUUCCGUCACAAAGGACGGGUCCUCUGCUGCGCUUAGCGUUGAAGCUCGGAUUUAUCCGAACCAGAGCGACUUGAUGCGGACCGUAGACAGUUCAGGAUAUCAGAUGUCCGCGAUCGGGAUGGAACAUCGAGUCAUACCGCCUGGCGAGGACCCCUUAUACUCCUCGAGCCCGGCACAAUCUCUCCAUGUCGUUGACCUCGACUCUCUAAGCCCGAUUAAAAGCGGAAGAAAAUUAUCCGUCGCGAGUGGGGAGGUUUUGGGCCUUCGGGAAACUGUUGUGACGCCUUCGAUCGUCGACGCCGACAUCUCAGACCUGUCAAGUUUCCCGGCAAGUUUGGAGCACGUCAUCGCGGCGUCGACGCGCACAGGGUCGCCAGUCGUGCUGGGACUGCCGGCGGUGGGCGUCGUUGAAGUGGAACCUAAGCCUGGUAAGCGCUGAUUUCCUUCGCUUGCUUACAGAA